UGACGUGUGCCACAGAAAAAGUAACAUAGUGUAAAUGAUAUGGUUUUAGUACUAUUUGAAAGCACAUAUUUAUUUAAAAUCAAUAAUGAUGUUUUUAAUCUCGGUUGUUUUAUCUGUCAGUUUGACUACUAUAUUUGCAAAUCCAUUGUGUCCGUAUAUGAAUAGAGGAAAUCCAAACCUUUUACCUCAACAAAAGUCAUCAACGACACAAGGAGAUCAAGUUUAUGCUCCAAGCAUGCCACAAUUUUCAAUGGAAGGAAAUCGUCAAAUGUAUCCAAUGCCACCACCAAUGAUGCCACCACCACCAAUGAUGCAAGGAUUCCAACCUCCGUUUCCAUUUAACCCCAUGAAUCAGCAACAACUAUCUAUGUUGUUGAUGUCAUCGUAUGCUAGAGCAAUGGCAUUAGCUCAACUCAUGAACAUGCAAAACAGAUUUCAAUUUUAUCAACCUAAUCAAUACAGUGAUCCAGCCAUAAAUAAUUAUAGCUCAAUGCCAGCUACACUACCUCAACAACCACAAGUAGAUCUACAAAAUAAUUUGAAAACUGAAAUGUCGCCAGAACAAGAAAAACAGGGAGAACCAGGAGAACCAAGAGAAUCAGAACUAGAAACAUCACAGCAACAAGGAGAAUUACAACAACAAGAAGAACCACUGAAUUCAGGAGAAGGACAAGAAACAGAAGUAUCAGGAGAAAGAGAAGAACCAGAAACACGAGACCAGGACAUUUUAGAAAAGAGAAAAAUGCAACGCGCACUAGACAUAGAAAUUGAAAGGCGUGAAAGACUUCAGAAAAGAAAAGCGGAGGAAAAUGAAUUAGAAAGGCAACAAAAAGAAAUGGAACGUAUGUUACGUGAAGAAGAAGAAAUGAAAAGGCAAGAAGAAGAAACUAAAAGACAAAUAUUAGAAGAAGAACGAAAAGAAAGGGAAGAAAAAGAAAAGGAUAUUAAAUUACGCCAAGAAGAAGAACUAAGAUUUAAAAAAAUUGAAGCAGAAAAAAAGAAACGAAAUCAAGUCAACAAUAAACCACAGGGGACAAGUGUCAGACGACAACGUAAACAAAAACAUACUAAGAAAACAGUAACCGAAGAUAUUAUUGAACGCCUAUAGGCAAAAUACUAUGAGAAAAAUUAAACUAAACUAACAAAAUAAAAAAAAACGUUUAUAUCAAGAUCAUUUAUAAACAAUAAAUAAAAAAUGUACUUUUUCUUUAUGACAUGGUUGUAUUUAAAAUCACAAAAUAUUAUUUUAUGAACUAAUAAAAUAGAGUAAAAACGUAG